CACGCAGCCGGCAGCCAAGCCUCACUCCCUCGUUGUCCGCACGUCCUCCGGUCUCCCUCUACGCAUCACUGAGACGCCGUCCGUGUCUGCUCGUCGCUGAGAUGCCGUCCGUGUCUGCUCGUCACUGAGAUGACGCCAAGCCUCACUCCGUCACCGUCGCAGUCCGUGUCUGCUCAUCACUGAGACGACACCAAGCCUCACUACCUCACCGUCGCCGUCCGUGUCUGACUCGUCGACCUCUCUCCAUCGCCACGACCUCGCGACGCCGUCUGUUGUAUUGACUUCUGUCGUCCUCUCUCCAUCGCUGCUUAGUUUCUUCAGAAAUGUGUAAGUUUACUAUGAGGGGCUCGUGUUCUUGUGAAACCAUAUAGAGGAAAGUCAAAACCUAUUGAAAGGUAUUUUUACCUAUUCGAGAUGUUGUGUUAUGAUGUUUCUUGCAAUGAAAUUAAGUUGGUCUUGCUCUCUUGCAGGAAAUUUCAAGACAAAAUUGAUCCAUCAAUGAAUUACAACUCUCACAACGAUUUUGAAUCUGAGAUUCAAUCAAGAUUGGAUUCCAAAUUUCUAAAGAGAUUCGAGGAACAACACGCUCUCGAACUUGAGAUAAGGCAACUCUCGCAGCUGCAGUUAGCACGAAAGCCUCUGUUGUCUAAUCAUUCUUUCUUUGGCCAUUCCAUGGACGAGCUGAAAAUGUCUGAAGAGUAUUCCAAGCUCACGUCUGCUAAUGAUUUCUACCAGUUCGAUGGUCCAAGCGGCGGCUCCUCAAGUGAUGAUAAUAACCAAAUAUAUUCAGGCACAAAAUACCAUGAUCACGACAGCAAUUCAGGAAUUAAUCUCCCGGACAGCCCCUUUGCAUCUGCAUUACCGACCAGCAUCUUUGCAGUUAUGUAGGCCAAAUGACACAUAACAUAAAGUCGUUCGUCUGAUAGGUAAGAUUAGUGAAAGGCAGCCAUCUGAUCUUACGUUUGACACAAGAUACAAAACUAUUUUCCCUGUGAAGUUCUCUGUUUGUGAGUUUUAGAGAUAAACUGUGUAUUUCUUAAUAGUAUAAAAUCCACUAGCAAAUGUGUAAGAUUA